AUGACAAAGGAACUUAUAAAGAUGGACGAUGGUCCAAAGAAGAUUGGACACAUACAAUUUGGUAUAUUGUCACCGGAUGAUAUGAUCAGAUUGUCACACGUGGAGAUUAUCAAUAGAGAACUGUUCAAUCAGGAGAAGAGAACAGCAAUGGCAUAUGGAUGUUUGGACAACAGACUGGGCACAUCAGACAAGUCUGUCAUUUGUCAAACAUGUGGCCUCAGCAUCGUCGACUGCGUCGGUCAUUUUGGCUACAUCGAGCUACAACUACCCGUCUUCCACAUUGGUUACUUCAAGAACAUCACAAACAUACUUCAAAUGAUAUGCAAGAACUGUGCAUGCAUAUUGUUGGACGAGGACAAGAAACAGCUAUUCCUUCGAAAGAUACGUAAUAGGAAGUUGGACGUAUUGCAGCGAAGAUCACUGCUCAAGAAGAUAUAUACAGAGUGUAGGAAGAAGAAGACAUGCCCAAGAUGUAAUAGUGUGCAGGGCUCAGUGAAGAAGGUGUCGGCGCUGAAGCUGAUCCACGAGCGAUACAAGGGCAAGAAUGACGAGUACAUUCGCGACUUUAUCUCCAACUUUGACGAGGCGAUCAAGUACAACUCGGAGCUUAAGGCGCACAUCAAGAAGGCACAGGAGGACCUCAACCCGCUGGUCGUGCUCAACCUGUUCAAGCGCAUCAGCUUCCAGGACACCGAGCUGCUCGACAUGAGCCCCGAGCUGGGUCGUCCCGAGCGCCUCAUUCUCACGCAUCUUCUGGUGCCACCCGUCUCGAUCCGUCCGUCCGUGCCCAUGGACGGCGGCAGCGGCUCCAACGAGGACGACCUCACCAUGAAGCUGUCGGACAUACUUCACAUCAACGAGCACAUUCGCUCGAACGUCGACAAGGUGGACAUGGGCGCCAUCAUGGAGGACUGGGACUACCUGCAGGCGAGCUGCGCCAUCUACAUUAACAGCGAGCUGCCCGGCCUGCCGCUGCAUCUGAAGCCACAGAAGCCGAUUCGUGGCCUUUCGCAGCGGCUCAAGGGCAAGACUGGACGUUUCCGUGGCAAUCUCUCGGGAAAGCGUGUCGACUUCUCGGGCCGUACAGUCAUUUCGCCAGACCCCAAUCUCAACAUUGAUGAGGUGGCCGUGCCUCAUCUGAUCGCGCUCACCAUGACGUUCCCCGAGCGCGUCGCCGAGUACAACCUCAAGCGUCUUCAGCGCUACGUACUGAACGGACCCGACAAGCAUCCAGGCGCCAACUACAUCAUCUACGCGGACGGCGAGAAGAAGUGGCUCAAGUAUGGCAACAGAGAGAAGUUUGCCGCUGAGCUGAAGCCAGGCGACAUUGUGGAGCGACAUAUCAUUGAUGGCGACGUCGUGCUGUUCAACCGUCAGCCCUCACUGCACAAGCUGUCGAUUAUGGCGCACAAGGCCCGUGUGAUGCCAUGGCGCACACUGCGAUUCAACGAGUGUGUGUGCACACCAUACAACGCCGACUUUGAUGGUGAUGAGAUGAAUCUCCAUCUGCCGCAGACUGAGGAGGCGCGUGCCGAGGCACUCAUCCUGAUGGGUGUCACCAACAACCUGAUCACACCGCGUAACGGUGAGCCCCUUGUGGCCGCCACACAGGACUUCUUGACAUCGUCCUACCUCAUAUCAAGGCGCGACGCCUUCUACGACCGUUCGCGAUUCGCACACAUGUGCACGCAUUUUGCCGAUGCAUACGAGCAUAUCGACCUGCCACCGCCCGCCAUCAUGAAGCCCAUGGAGCUGUGGACGGGCAAGCAGAUCUUUGAAGUGCUUCUCAGACCUUCGAUCAGGUCGCACGUGCUCGUCAACCUCGAGACCAAGUCCAGGACGUACGAGAAGAACCUGUUCAUGUGUCCACGCGACGGAUACGUGUGCUUCAGGAACAGCGAGCUGAUGUGUGGCUCGAUCGACAAGGCCAUCAUCGGUGGUGGCAACAAGAACUCACUGUUCCACAUCCUGAUGCGUGACUUUACGCCAGCCAUUGCUGCCAACUGCAUGACCAGGUUGGCCAAGCUGUGUGCGCGAUUCCUGGGCGACCAGGGAUUCUCCAUCGGUAUCCCCGACGUCAAACCCUCGGUCGACCUCAACGCCAAGAAGGAUGCGAUCAUUGCUCGUGGAAAUGACAAGUGUGAGGAGUUCCUCGACGCUUACCGCAAGGGCCAGAUGGCAGCGCAGUCAGGUUGCUCAGUGGAGCAAACGCUCGAGGCCAAGAUGAACAGCGUGCUGUCAGAGAUUCGUGACGAGUGUGGUAAGCUGUGCGUCAAGGAGCUGCCGCAUUUCAACUCGCCACUGAUCAUGGCGCUGUGUGGUUCCAAGGGAUCCAACAUCAACAUUGCCCAGAUGAUAGCCUGUGUCGGCCAACAGACUGUGAAUGGCACGCGUAUUCCCAACGGCUUCACCAACAGGACGACGCCGCACUUCAAGAUCAACGCCAAGGAGCCACCCGCAAAGGGCUUCGUCGCCAACAGCUUCUACACUGGCAUGAUUCCCACCGAGUUCUUCUUCCAUACGAUGGGAGGUCGUGAGGGUCUGGUCGAUACAGCUGUCAAGACUGCCGAGACUGGAUACAUGCAGAGACGUCUGAUGAAGGCCCUCGAGGACCUCUCCACACAGUAUGACUACACCGUGCGAGACUCAAUUGGAGGCAUCGUGCAGUUCACUUACGGUGAUGACGGUCUUGACCCUGCCGGUAUGGAGGCCAAGGACCGUCCAGUCGACUUCUUGCGUGCAAUGAUGAGUGUCAAGGCCACCAAGCAGUUCAGGAACGAGCCAUCACUCAAGCCAUACGAGAUCAGGAAGCUGCUAGAGGUCAACCUGCAGAGCAACAAGUUCUCGCAGUGCUCCGACCUGUUCAAGGACGAGAUCAGAACAUUCUUCAACGGCAAGCCCAAGCAAGAGGGAUACAUCGAGGAGCUGGUCAGACUGCGCAAGGCACUCGGCCUGCCCACAUACUUUGAAGACGGCGAUGUAGAGAUGGACUUGGACGUGUUUGAGCCCACAGACAACGACGAAGACAGGACCAUCUCGACAAAGGCCACCGAGAAGGUGAUCGAUCAGAUACACAGAAUGACGACCUCACAGCUCGACAUUUUCUUGGAGAUCUGUCUGGACAAGUAUAACCGCGCCAAGAUCGAGCCAGGCACAGCAGUGGGCGCCGUCGGCGCACAGAGUAUUGGAGAGCCAGGUACACAGAUGACACUCAAGACAUUCCAUUUUGCUGGUGUAGCCAGUAUGAACGUCACUCUGGGAGUGCCUCGUAUCAAGGAGAUCAUCAACGCCGCCAAGACAAUCAGCACACCCAUCAUCACAGCGACGCUCAAUUGCGACAACGACAUUAGAUCGGCACGUAUCGUCAAGGGUAGGAUCGAAAAGACUACCCUUGGCCAAGUGGCCCUAUUCAUCAAGGAGGUGUUCCGCAAUGGAGGAUGCUACAUCGCCGUCAAGCUCGACCGUAACUUUAUCGAGUCACAUCAAUUGGACAUUGAUGGUGAGUCCAUCAAGAAGUCCAUCCUCUCUGCCAAGCUAAAGGUCAAGGAGAAGAACAUUAGUGUCAAGGAUGACAAGCUGAGGAUCACUCCACCUGACGCCACAAGGGAGUUGAUGCUGUACUCAUUGCAAUUCCUCAAGAACAACCUUCCAAACGUCAUUGUGAGAGGUAUCCCAACGGUGAACCGUGUGGUCAUCUCAAAGAUCGAUGAGAAGCUGGAGAAGUAUCAACUGUUGGUCGAAGGAUACGACCUCUGCCAUGUGAUGGCCACGGCUGGCAUCAAGGGCACACACACAACCUCCAACCACAUCAUGGAGGUGGAGAAGGUGCUAGGCAUCGAAGCGGUGCGCGCCACCAUCAUGUCAGAGAUCCAGAUGAUUAUGACGAGUCACGGCAUGUCCAUCGACAGCAGACACGUCAUGCUACUCUCUGAUCUGAUGUCGUUCAAGGGUGAGAUCCUAGGAAUCACAAGAUUCGGCAUUGCCAAGAUGAAGGAGUCCGUGCUGAUGCUGGCGUCCUUUGAGAAGACCACCGACCAUCUCUUUGACGCGGCCGUGCAUCGACGUCAAGAUGACAUUGUCGGUGUGUCCGAGUGUAUCAUCAUGGGUAUUCCAGUUCCACUUGGUACCGGUCUAUUCAAGUUACUCUACAGUUCCCGCAAGACCAACCUACCCAGGAAGCAAUUGUUAUUGAAUGACAAAUAA